AACGUAUUUUAGUCAGUCCCUUGAAUUUCAAAUUUUAAGUAAGAUGACUAAAACUUUAGAGGAUGGCCGAAAGGACAUACUUUACACCGCGGUGCAACAAACCCAGCAAGAGGAGCAACUAAAAAAGCUAGGGGAGGAACUGACACGGCCGCUUCCAAUAAUUGGCGCACGCCAUAUUCAGGCUUUGAUUUUGCUAGCUCUUGGUGUAAUUGCUUUCGGCGCGAGGGCGUUUCUUUCGGUAGCCAUUGUAGCUAUGACCGAUGCGAAAGCGAAUCCGAAUCCAGACAUUCCGACGUACCCCGAAUGGACCGAUAAAAGUGUCAUAUUAUCGGCUUUCUUUUGGGGUUACAUUUUGUCACAGGCUUUUGGAGGAUGGGCGGCAAACCAGUACGGUCCGAAGUGGUUUCUUGUCGUUUCCAUGGGAAUUGGUUCAAUUCUGGGGUUUUUGGUUCCUACAGUUGCAGCCAAUUUUGGAUCGAAAGGGGUCAUGGCUAUUAGGGCACUCCAAGGCUUGUCUCAAGGAUUUGUGUUUCCAUCCAUACACUAUCUUUUGAGUCAGUGGGCACCUCUAUCCGAAAGGUCCCGAAUGGGAGCUUUUAUUAUGGCAGGUGCCCCUCUCGGAACAGUAAUCGCCUUAUCGGUCACCGGAUUCCUGGCUGCAAGUCCUUAUGGCUGGCCAAUGGUAUUCUAUUUCUACAGCGCUCUUGGCUUUGUGUGGUGCGUGAUAAUGGCCAUAUUUGGACACAAUAGUCCAGCAGAACAUCCUAGUAUCAGCGUAGCGGAGAAGUUUUUCAUCGAAAAUAGCUUAGGACACGCCGAACAUAAGAAAAAGCAUCCUACACCGUGGAAAGAAAUCAUUACGUCGCCACCCAUCUGGGCGCUUCUGAUCGCGCAGAGCGGCUUCAGUUUCGUGUUUUAUGUUCUGCUGACGCAAAUACCAAGUUAUUUAAACCACGUCAUGAAGUUCGACAUAAAAAACAACAGUUUGAUAUCGUCACUGCCGUACCUCGCUCUGUUCGUACUCAGUUUCAUUUUUAGUACGGUAUCGGACGCAAUUAUUAACAAGAAAAUUCUAUCUGUCGGCAAGGCGAGGAAAAGUUUUAACGCAAUUGGCAUGAUCGUCCCAGCGGUGGCCCUAAUUGCCUUGGGAUACACGCGACAAGACCAAACAACUCGGGCAGUGAUACUGAUGAUUUUGGCAGUUGGUUUUCUAUCGGCUGGUUUAUCUGGUUGGGGAGUCAAUCACAUCGAUCUAUCUCCAAAUCACGCAGGCACUCUUAUGGGGCUUUUAAGUACCGUGGCCAAUUCUUUUGCAAUCGUCGCACCUAUAAUGACGCAGUUCAUUGUCACGGAUCAGGAAAAUGUAACUCAGUGGAGAACUAUAUUUAUCGUGUCUGCCGUUGGUAAUAUUGCGGUCACUUUGGUAUUCAGCGUAUUUGGAUCCGGCAAAAUUCAACCUUGGAAUGAGGAACGCGAAGAUAGCGGCAGUGACAAACCACGGCCAUAGACACUUUUAUACGCUCCAAGAAACUGUGAUAUACGACUAAACACUUUUAGCAACUCAAAUAAAAAUUCUGUGUUUGCUCAUCUCAUUACGCAUUAUCUAUAUGUUACGUAUAUGGCCUUGAUAUGGAUUUCCCAAAAAUGCAAAAAAAUUGAGUCUUUGAAUUAAAUUACCUUGAAGGAUAGGGACAAAGACCGACCUGUUUUAGUGAUAUAAUCAAUUGAAGACGAUUAGUCGAUCAGUCGUAUCGAUUGUAGUUAGUUUGAAGUGAUGUUCAAUCCCAUAUAGUUUUUAAAAGAAAGUAUCCAGAUAAAAUGAUUUUGUGUAUUUUGCUGCAACAUUAAUAUGAAUAAAGUAUCGUCCAUUUCGUAUAUAUUUGAUCACAUUAUAGACAGUAAGUGCCUAAGCGAACCUAAA